AUGGAGGGCCUCAACAAUGGCGACACCGCAUGGAUGGCCAUGUCCUGUGCGCUGGUUCUCUUCAUGACACCCGGGCUAGCCUUCUUCUAUGGAGGUUUAGUCCGCGACAGCAACAUCGUGAACACCAUGAUGAUGUCCAUCAUCUCGAUGGGACUCACGACCAUCACGUGGCUGGUGUUCGGCUUCAGCUGGUCCUUCGACGAGUGGGGUGCAGGCAAGGGCUUCACGUACGUCGGCUUCCGUCAUCUGGACAAGGUCUGGCCCGACACCACCAUGCCAGGCUUAACCUUCGCCGUCUUCCAGAUGACCUUCGCCAUCAUUGCUGCGGCGAUCAUUUCGGGCGCUGUGGUGGAGCGCAUUCGGUUCUCGGCGUAUGCCAUUUUCAUCGUCGUCUGGGUCCUUGCGGUGUACGUGCCCCUGUGCCACUGGAUCUGGGGCGGCGGCUGGAUCGCCGAGAUGGGCGCCAAGGACUUUGCUGGCGGCACAGUGGUCCACAUCAGCUCGGGUACUUCAGCCUUUGCGCUCGCGUCGCUUCUGGGCGAGCGCAAGCACCGAGCGGAGUCCUUUCCCAGCAACCUGCCCUUCGUCAUUUUGGGCGGCGGCAUCCUGUGGCUUGGAUGGACCGGCUUCAACGGCGGAUCCGCCUUCGCCGCCAACGGAGACUGCGCUUUGGCUGUGGCAACCACGUACAUCGCGGCGGCUGCGGCCAUGAUCACUUGGAUCACGGUGGAGCGCAUCCUGGACGGGGCCCCCACCUCCGUCGGUGCCAUGUCCGGCGCGGUGGCGGGACUUGUGAACAUCACCCCGUGCGCCGGCUUCGUGGAGCCUCUGGGUGCUCUGGGGGUUGGGGCUAUUGGUGCCCUGUGCUGCAUCUUCGCCGCUCGUGGGCUGAAGAGGCUGAACCUUGUGGACGACUCGCUGGACUGCUUCAGCCUCCACGGAGUCGGAGGCUUUGCGGGCGCCAUCCUUGGCGGCUUCUUCGAUUCUGGGGAUGGCUUGAUCUACGGCAACGAUGGAAUGCUGCUGGUGAAGAACCUCGCCGGCGCCGCUUUCGGCGUUGUCUACUCCGCAGGGGUCACGGCGGUGAUCUUCUUCCUCAUGCGCCUCGUGAUGCGCAUGAGGGUCAGCGAGGAGCAGGAGCUGGAAGGCGAAGCGAUGUUUGCAAGCGUGUCGCCUGUGGCGGGUAAGUUCCUGGUUGCCUACGGCAAGAACGAGAACUCGGGCAAGCCCAACGCUUUCGGCGAGCACUCCCAGCGCUUCAAGCCCGAGGAGGCCCCGACGCUUCUGACAAGUGCCCCAGCCGCGGCUGCCACAGAGAAGCCCACUGCCACGGAGGUCUGA